AUGUUCCUGAGCCCCGGCGAGGGGCCGGCGGCGGAGGGUGGGGGGCCGGGCCCGGGCGAGGAGGCCCCCAAGAAGAAGCACCGGAGGAACCGCACGACCUUCACCACGUACCAGCUGCACCAGCUGGAGAGGGCCUUCGAGGCCUCCCACUACCCAGACGUUUACAGCCGCGAGGAGCUGGCGGCCAAGGUGCACCUGCCCGAGGUGCGCGUGCAGGUGUGGUUCCAGAACCGCCGGGCUAAGUGGCGCCGCCAGGAGCGUCUGGAGUCAGGAUCCGGGGCUGUGGCAGCCCCAAGGCUCCCCGAGGCCCCAGGACUGCCAUUUGCCCGCCCCCCAGCCAUGCCACUGCCCCUGGAGCCCUGGCUGGGCCCCGGGCCCCCAGCCGUUCCAGGCCUCCCGCGCCUCCUGGGCCCAGGCCCGGGGCUGCAGUCACCCUUUGGGCCCCAUGCCUUUGGUCCAGCCUUCACGGAGGGCUUCCCCCUGGAGGAGGCAUCCUUGCGGCUGCUGGCCAAGGAGCACGCACAGGUUCUGGACAGGGCUUGGCCCCCAGCCUGA